CACGGAGCAAAAUAACUUAAACCUGCGGAAGAAAAUCCACCGGGAGCAGAGCAGAGGUAACGGGAACCUGCCACCGCUCCAGGCCUCAACAAUAAUCCUGAAAUAUGGACCACAACAAUUUUUACCUGAGCUACCCUGACCCCGCCUACCAGCAGGUUCAGCAGCCAUGGCUGGUCCAUGACAAUCUGAUCCUUCAGGAAGGAUAUAUACCAGUGUUUCAGCAGGAGAACAUGGUCCUGGGUGAUCCUAACGCACUGGAAUAUCAGACACUGAGAGCCGACACUCACAUAUUUAACGGAGAGUCCUGUGACCCACCUGUGACAGAUGAGAUCAGACAAGAGCUGAGGACCGUUUUGGAGUCCUACCUGAACAGAGAGCACCUCAGCAAUGACCUAUUUCUCAAGACUCAGAUGGACAGCAACCAGUAUGUUUCCAUCUCUGCUCUGGCCUGCCUCGACCAGAUCAGGAAUCUCACCACAGACCUGGACCUCAUCUCCGAUAUUCUCAGAUCCAUGCCGCUGGUCCAGUUUUCCCCGUGCGGACAGAAAGUCCGGCCCAGACCUAGCCGGUGCGUUUUAAUCCUGAGGGAGAUUCCUAACACCACACCUCAAGAGGAGGUGGAAGCUCUCUUUGAAGGGGAGAACCUGCCUAAGUUCAAGACCUGUGAGUUUGUGAGCAACGAUAACUGGUUCAUCACCUUCAAAUCAGAAGCCGAUGCAGAACAGACCUACAAGUACCUUAGAGAACAGGUUCGAGUGUUUAAGGGAAAACCCAUCAUGGUGAGGAUAAAGGCCGAAACAACAGCAGCCAUUGCUUUGGCUCCCACUCAAAGCUACCGACAACCCCAGCUGGACCAGUGCAACAGCUAUUAUGGCUUCUACUCCCCCUCUACCACCUACCAGCAGUCCUGCCCGACCCACGUGUCCACACAACAGCUAAACGAAGUCCUCGGUGAGGUGUGGGCUGCUGCAUCUGGAUACCAAUACUGGGCCGAACCUCCUCUACUGAUGAACCACUUCGUGGAUGACUCCACAGCAGCUUCUGCUUUCAAACCGUCCCACCCACACAGCCACAGGAGAGGCUCGAGAUGGUCAAACUGUGACCGUUGGCAGUCCCAGCAGCCUGCCUCCUCGCACUCAUCUGAGCAGCCAUCUGAUCGUUUCUCUUCUCCCACAUGGCCCGGUCAAGGACGGUCGCUCGGAAAGGUGCGCCUUCCGAGUAGAGGCGGAGGAAAGGAGCCCAACAAGCAGGUCACGUCUCCCACUGAGCAGGGAAGGAGAGGAAACUUCAACCAGAGGAGGAGAGCGACCGCAAGGUCCUGGGAGCGACCCACUCGAAGCAGUCAGAAUUCACAGAGUCAGUCCCCUCCUCGUCAGCCGUCUCCCCAUUUUGAGCUCACAAUGUUGAACUUCCCUCUUCUUCCUCCUCCAGCCUCUACCAUGGCAAGUCUUCCUCCAGCUAACAGUAACAGCCAGGCAACCAGAGUGAAUUACAAAGCAGCAGCUCCUGCGCCUCAGAGGCAGCGCCUUCACAGCAGCCUCAGCUGGUCUCAGAGCAGGCUGCGAAUGAAGCCUCAGAGAUGACCACUGAAGAGAAACCAGUUCAGCACACACAGGAACCAGUAACUGAGUCCAGGAAACUGACCUAAGCUGAGGUCUGCAAGAGAGGCUUAUGCAGUAAGUCGGGUCCUGCCUUCACAGAACUGGGGUGAUGCACCAGAGCCAGCACAGUGGAAACGCUGAUGAAAUGAGCUUAUAUAUACUACACUGAGUAACACAUUUAACCUUUAAAUCGCCUUAAUCCAGGUCUGGAUGUUUGGCGUGGGCAGAGGGCUCCGACUGUUUGGCAAAACCAACUUUUCAGUUUUUUAGACGGGAAGAUCUGUAAAGUUUGAUCUGCUACUUUCAUUUCUGUUUUAUUUCUUGCUUUGUAGUUUAGGUCUGUUUGUUGAGAGUGAGCUUCCAUUUAGUUGAUUUCUUCUUGCUUUCCUGAUGCAUCGCCAAUUAUUUUCAUCCUGUUUGUGUGUGUUACAUGUUUUCUUAGUUGUACAGGACGUUCCGCCAUGAUUGUGAACUUAUUUUAGUGCUGUUGUUUUAUUUCUCCACCCAUACAUCUGUGUUAUCUAUGACUGCUGUGGACACACAUGAAGCCUUUUCCAUUGCUGAUCAGCUGUAUUAUUUCCAUUUUUAGAUACCAGAGAGCUGCAAGGGCCAGUGUGUUUAAUGGGAUCUGAUUUGAUCUUUCUAGUUCUGGGAUUAAAUUGAUCAAAAGCAUGUUUCCCUUACUUCAGAAAAGUUUUAUUUAUUUUAAACAGGAGUGCAUUUCUUCCCUUUUGGCUGGGUGGGUACUUACUGUGUGUCUAGAAACAACAUUGUUUCAGCACUUGAACUGUAUGUGAGAACUUGAAUUUGAUUGUAAUGAAGCCAUUUUUCUUUUCUUUGAAACAUAAAGUUUUAAAUGUUAAACAGAUGUCAUGGAGACAGAGUGGGCACGGUUGUGGAAAGUUAUUUUGUACAGACUGUACAUAUUGAACAACUAUUAAAGAAGUGCCUUUGAAGUUAA